CAGCCGGCCCCUGGAGCCCGAGGUGUUCCUGGCUGAGGGAAACGGUUACUUCCUAGAGCUGCUCCGGUGCGCAGCUCCUGCCACGGUCAGGAGGCUGUUCUGUGCGAGCCUUCAGUCAUCAAAUUGAAGAAACAUUUCCACCACUUACAAGGGGCCCUCACACUCCCUUGAUGGUUGACCAGCUGUCCCAAUGGGAUUUUUGCUAAGUAAAGCUGCCACUCGUCCAUCUGCUGUGCUGGUGGAUUCAGAAGUGAACAAUCACUUAAUGCAAGGAGCUGAGAAGCGUGGAUUGGAACCAGUGACUCGGUUAUUUCAAAACACCAAGAAAAUAAAGUUAGAAGACACGAACCAAGAAAACUUCACAAGAAAGGAAGGGAUUGACAGAGGAUGGGAUACCAUGGGCUACGUGAAGGAAAACGAUGGCCUAGAAAUAACAGAUUUGGAAUGAAGUCACCUGGACAGAUUACCAAAGAAAUCAAAAAUUGCUUUUGAUUAGAGGAUGUGUUCAAUGUAGCUAAAGUCCAUUAGGAAGCGUAAGAAAAUGAAGAAAUGGCUAAAAGGCCCUCCUAAAUCCAAGGCAGAUGUCUGCAGGGUAUAUCCUAUCCCUGUCGAACACCACGCUUAUUUUUACUAACAGUUCGAACACCAUGCUUAUUUUUACUAACAGUAUUUGGUACUAAUGCACUUUACUGUAAUUAUAAUAAACAUUAUAGCAAGUAGUAUAAAAAGUGGAUCUAAGCAAAACAUGACUAUUUCACAUCUUUUCUGGUGAAGUACUUUUAUAUGCUGCACUUCCAGUUCAAGGGUUUGCUUUGGAGUCCUUUACCUUUCUAAAUGUUCAGGGAGUCUUUCUGCUCUGUGAGAGAGCAUGGUUGAUGGCUCCUUAGAAAAGAACAGUGACCCAUCUCUCUUCAGAAGCAGUUCAAACUCGUUUGUCUGCUUCUGCCAUGCUACCUUCAUUUCAGUGUUAGGACUUAAUUCUUUCCAAAUUAAAUGUGUUUGUCUUGCAAUAACUACCGUUUUAUAACAAUAUGUCAUAUAAUAAAAACUUCUUUUA